AUGGCGUCCAAAGCUACCGUUAUUGUCAAGAACAUUGCUGCUUCGACCAGCGACGGCGAGGUCAAGGACUUUUUCGUCUUUUGCGGCAAGGUCACCGACAUCAAAAUCACGACCGGUGACGAGACCAAGACCGCCGAGGUCACCUUUGAGAAGGAGACGGCGAUGAAGACGGCCCUCCUCCUGACCAACACGCAGCUGGGCCCCAACCACAUCACCAUCGCCAGCGCCAGCGGCACCGCACCGGGCCCCGACGUCGCGCACGAUGGCAAGGAGCGCGACUCGGACGAGAUCACGCAGGAGGAGAAGCCACGCGCGCGCAUCCUGGCUGAAUACCUGGCGCACGGCUACGUGGUCGGCGACGCGGCGAUUGAGCACGCGAUUGAGCUCGACACGACGCACAACGUGUCGUCGCGCUUCCUGGGCACGAUCCAGAACCUCGACGCCAAGUACCACGCGACAGACCGUGCGCGCGCGACGGACCAGAGCUACGGCCUGUCGCAAAAGGCCAACAACUUCCUGACGGGCCUGAGCUCGUACUUUGAAAAGGCGAGCACCACGCCCACCGGCCGCAAGAUUGCCAAGUUCUACACCGACGGCUCCCGCCAGGUCCAGGACAUCCACGCCGAGGCCCGCCGCCUCGCCGACCUGAAGAAGGAGAACCAUGGGGGCAGCGCCUACAAGGCCGCCGGCCUCGAGCGCGUCUUUGGUCAGCAGAAGCCCAAGGAGGAGGCUGCCGCCGGCACUGCACCUGCGGCUGGUGUGACGCCUGCUGCGUCCACGGGUGCUGCCGCUCCCGCGCCUGCCGACACCAAGACUGGUUAG